AUGAGUUCUCCUCCUAUUUCAAGUAGUGCUGGUGGCUCUCGUCGAGCACGUUAUUCGCGUUCGCCAUCAGGCAGUGCUGCACCACCUUCAAAACGCUCGAAACCAUCAAGUUCGGGCGAUGUUAGCAGUAAUAACAAUGAUCAACAAAGACUUUACACGUCAAUUUGUGUCAAAAAUAUCAAUCCGAAAAUACCAGAUCUCGAGGUACGAGAACUGUGCGCAAAAAAAUUCACAAAAUAUGGUACAAAUUUGGUGAAAAUCUACUACCGUAAUCAGGAACGUGUUGCUUUUGUUAAUUUUACAAAUUGUGAAGAUGCAAGACGAGCACGUCAUGCAAAAACAGGACUCGUUUGGGAAAAUAUGCAAGUUCUUCUAGAACCCGUUUAUUAUCGUCGAACAAUUCCAGCUGAGCAACCGAUCAAUGCUUCGAGUCCACGUGGUCGUUCUCCGCGAUCACCUCGUUCUCCACCUUCGCCCAAACGUCGACAACGUCGCCCGUCACCAAGUCCACCACCAGUCAGUUCACGAAGCCGACCUCAUCAUACAUCCUCACCACCUCGUGGUCGUCGACACUAUUCACCGUAUAUACCGAUACCACCUGAUCUAGCUGACUACGCUGCUUCAAAGUCUAGUCGACAAACACAUGCUUCACCAUCGCCACCACGUCAACGGCGUCGCACUCGAAGUCGUUCGCAGUCGGCAUCGCCAGGCGCACAAAAGAGUCAUACAAAACAUGAUGAUCCUGCUGCCGGCCGAACUGAAUCGAAUGUUCAACAUGAACCAACACGUACUCUAUUUGUUGGAAAUCUCGAACGCGACGUCAGGGAAUCAAAAUUGAGAGAGGUUUUCGGUCGUUAUGGAACUAUUGAAGAAAUUGAUUUAAAAGUUCCUCAAUCAUCAUCAAAACGCGCGUAUGCUUUCAUUCAAUAUGAAAAUAUGGACAUGGCAUACGAAGCUCGCCGUGCGAUGGACGGACAUUUCAUUGGUAAAGCCGAUUGCAAAAUAGGAUACGGCAAAAUCGUACCAACCAAUUGUCUGUGGGUAGGCAAUAUAGCAAUGGAUAUGAAGCGACGUGAUCUUGAGCAAGCAUUUGCGCGUUAUGGACAAUUAAAAUCAUUUGAUUACUCCAAUGGUGAUCCAAUAGCUGUGGUUUCUUAUAGUGACAUUGAACAUGCCAUAGCUGCACGUGCAAAAAUGACAGGUGUAACGCAGAUAGUCGACGGGCGAAAAGUACGAACUGAAUCGGGCCAAUCGGAUACAACUCGUCGAGGUGAAUUUAUUACUGGUCUUCGAAUUGAUUAUCUUGACCGACCAACCGCUCGACGUUUCGUUAUCGUUCGCCCACAAGACAAUGCAUCCAAACAACGAACAUCUCGAUCAUCAUCUGCAUCUUCAGCUUCAUUAGCACGUUCUCGUUCGCCGAAAGAUCGUCUUCGAUCAGUCUCUGGCGAUGAUGAACAAGAUGCAAACAAAAAUUUCAAAAGACAAUCGCACUCACGUUCGCCAGUUUCACCCGCAUCCGCGCCAUCGAAACGACGAACUCCAAGCCCAGUUGCACCUGUUGCUGGACAAACAUUCUACAGUCCAUACGGUUCGUAUUUGUCACCUGAUGAUACGAACAACAUCAACAAUGUUAAUGAACUCAUAACUUUAUGUGAAAAACUGAAUACCAAGAUUAGAAAUACUCUACCUACUGCUUAUUCGGUCCAAUUUAUACUCAAAUCGCACGCGUAUGAUGCACGUAUGCAUUUCCUUGCUGGAGAUUUGAAUUUCGCGAACACUGUUCUCAGCCAAUCGAGCAGUUAUACAGAUGAUAAGAAAGCAUUGAACGUUACUCAAAGACUACGUCUGGAUCCGCAUAAGUUCGAUGAUUUAGAGAAGAAGAUUCGUACAAGUGUCAGCAAUUCAAUCUCGAGCGCCAAUGGGCAAACAUCAUCCAGUAGUCGAAAGCAAUCAAGUCAAAUAAAUUUCGCGAUUUUGAUUACUUCACCAACGGCGCAUUUGAUCAACGUGAAUUCGGGUUCUUCGAAACAACGUCGACCUAAUGGAAGAGGAAGAUCACCCAAUCAUGCAUCAUCAUCAGAUGAAAAUGACGAACGUUCACAAUCGAAGAGAAAUACAGAUAGCCGUGUCGAUGACGAAUCGUCACUUUCUCAUUUGAUAACUUACCUUGCAACGAAAGAAGCUGCUGGUGUCAUAUCGGUUCCCUUGCAUUCUCAGGAUCAAGAAAAGGCUGUUAUGAAUGUAUAUCCGCCGUGUGUAUUCAGUAAAAAGCUUCUACAAGUUAUGUGCCCAUCAAUGAGCUUUUCCAAUGGUCCACGUACACCACCAUCACGCCCAACAAUGACCGAUGGUGAACAUCUUCUAGUUGUUAUUACUAAUCAAUAUUAA